AUGGAGGAGCUCGCGAAACACCAAGACGAAGACCAGGAAGAUGAAGCAGCUGAAGGGGGGGACGAGCUCGACGACUUUUCUUUCAGCGAAUUGCAGCAGCAGCAGCAGCAGCAGCAGCAGCAGCAGGUGCAGCAGCAGCAGCAGCAGCAAGAGCAAGCAGCAGCAAUGUUUUGGGAUAAACUAAAACGUCAUUUGGGUUCUUUAUCUGAAAUAGCAUCUCCCCUCCUAAAGAAAGCAGCAGAGAAGAUGAGCCCCUUAAUUGAGAAACUAGGAAGAAAGGCAGCCCCAGUGUUCGCCAAAUAUAUACGCAGGCUGCUGCGUGAUGCAUGCACAGAAGCAGAGGAACACGCGGGGCUGUCUUCUUAG